GGCAGUGUUAGCAAGACGCAAAUGUACCGGCAUGCUGCAUCCUCCAGGGAGUCGUCAAUAAACUGGAGAUAAGUGGAAUAAAUUUUCUAUUUGAGUUUUAUCUAGUUAUUCGAGGACUAUGGAACUCGCCAGACACGUCUGGAGGUCCUCCACGUACGUCUACAAAUCAGGACUUCAUCCAGUGAUCAGGCACAGCAGCAGUAAAGCAUCAAAUAUAGCCCUCUCGUGCCUCCCGAAAUAUCAGGACACGUCGGGAUCCUCGGGGGUGGCCUCCACGGAGGCAAAACCAAGUGACGAAUUGAUUUUGAAUGCCCUGGGGGCCACAGACGAAUUGUCCUGCUACAUAGGACUUGCCCGAGAGUUCGCCUGCGACAGCAGUGUCGAACAUCCUUACGUUGAUAAAUUAAAAAGAGUACAAAUGAUUCUUUUCGAUUUGAAUCACGCCAUAUCGAGGUCCAGGGACCAGAGGAGCAACCUCUUCGAGGACAGACACACUCGGGAUCUGGAGGAGUGGAUCACAGAGUAUGCGAAUCAUCUGCCACCUCCUGAGGAUUAUAUCAUUCCAGGAGGGGGAAAAGCCAGUGCAUCUUUACACGUGGCGAGAGCAAUUUGUCGACGAGCUGAACGCACUGUAGAAAAACUUGUGCACGAUGGAACACUCGACGGGGAAGCGAAAAAUUAUUUGAAUAGAUUAUCAGACUUUCUCUUGACUGUGUCUAGAAUAGCUGCCAAGUGCGAUCAACGGACGGAGAAUAUAUACAUCCCAAGGGCAGAAAUUCCAGAGGAUAAAUAAAUUAUUAACUGAAUAGUUUUAAUAAUAGAGGAACCGUCUUUCAUAAUAUUGAGAUCAAAUUGUGAAGUCUGUGCAAAUGAAGAUUUCGUAGUCACAAACACAGAUGUUUUCUCGUGGAAAAUGUAAUUUCCAUCGAUUUUCGGUAGUCAUUUCCAAAUUUCGUAUGAACAAUUAGUAAUGGACGGCAAUAAUGUGACAGAUCACUUGUUGAAAUCAAUGUUGUAUAGAAAUACUUUAGAAAACUUAUGGAAACAUACAUUGAAUAAUUACUCACUUUACGAUAUCACUUCUACUGUAUAUAUUAUGAUUUUUAUGGAAACUUAUUAAAUUAUGGGUAAUUAAAUCUUUACAAAUAACAA